AAGACCGGCAUCGUGACGUCGUCGCGUCGCUGCCCAGGCACUGACCUUGGUACUCACAAAAGGCAGAGAAUUCAUGAGUUUUUGGUUUGUUUUGUGUGUGUCAGGAGAGGGUGGUCUGGUCUGCUGGCGCACACCGUGCACUUGAGGGUAAGGACGCCGUGACGUCAUGGAGCUGAGGGAAGUUCGCGGAUCUCCCACCUCUCGCUCUUCACGCGCCUUGCCUUUGGUCAUUUUUCGUGGUCUCCCGGGCACCGGCAAGACUCAUCUGGCGUUGGCAUUCAUCAAGGCCAUGCGCAAGAGGGACGGCCUCGUCUUCGCCCGCGUCAGCCGCGACGAGCUGCGCCGCUCUCUCUUUUGCCGCCCGGCAUACACAGAGGACGAGAAGCAGCUGUGUAACGGGCUUGUGGCAGUGCAGAGCCAGCAUCUGGUGGAGCAUGGGUGGCCGGUGGUGGUGGACGGGAUGGCUCUAUCACACAUGGAGGACGUGUACGCCCUCGUCAACACCAUCCUCCACACUGAUGCCGCGGCCCCCAGUGUGGGCUCCGAGUGCUCCUCCGCCGCCCGGCAGGAGGCGGGCGUGUACGUGUUGCUUGUGGAGUGCUAUUGCAGCGACGGCACGGCCACGCGGCGCAUCGAGGCUGACGGUGCGAUGCACCCGGCGGGCGACAGAGAUAAGGAUCUGUACUUCCGUGUCAAGGAGCGUUUCGAGCACUCUGAUGACUUUGUGGGUCGGAUGGGCGGAGGGCGGCGGGACGCGGGUGUGGUGUACGAUAGAGUGGUGCUGUGCUCUGAAGAUGACAACGCCCAGACGAACGUGGAGCUGCUGUGCGAGAGGGCCAGGGCGGCCACCAAGGCACGUUAGUCACGUGCAUUGACUGAUAGGUGAUCGGAUUGUGUGCGAUUGCAUGAGCAGUACAUAGGUAGACGUAAGAAAGACACCACUGUCGACGUCUGUUACAU